AUGCGAGGGAUAGAUCCGAAGAUGAUCUGCCACAAGCUGGAUGUCAAUGCUGAGGCUCGACCAAUCAAGAAAAAAAAGAGGAAUUACUCCUUUGAGAAGAACAAAGCUAUCGCCGAAGAGGUGAAGAAACUGCAAGAGGCAGGCAGCAUUAGAUCUACCCGAGCCGAAGACAAAGAGAGACGUGCACCCUUCUUCAAAGAUCUCAAACCAAAGACCCUUCCAGGAGGAGAAACAGAACCAAUCAAAAAGAAAGGCAUCCCGAGGAAAGUGGAACCCGAACUGACAUGGGAACAAGAGCAGAGAGAUGCAUUCCAACAGCUCAAGGCUCACCUAGCCCAACUGCCGACGCUAGCCAGGCCAAAGGAAGGGGAAACCCUAUACCUAUACGUCGCAGUUAGUCCCGGGACAGUGAGUGCAGUACUCCUUCGGGAAGAAGAGAAAAAGCAACAGCCAAUCUAUUUCACCAGCCGAACUCUAACAGAUGCCGAGACUCGGUACCCACUCAUUGAGAAAGUAGCAUACGCAGUGGUAGUAGCUGCCCGAAAACUAAGGCCCUAUUUUGACUCCCAUCAAAUAGUGGUGCUAACUGACCAACCACUGGAGAAAGUGCUGGACAAGAUAGAGAGGCCGGGAAGAUUGGUUGCAUGGGCUUUUGAGCUAUCUGAGUUCGGCAUCAAGUAUCAGCCGAGGACAGCCAUCAAGGCGCAAGCACUCGCUGACUUCUUGGCCGAAUGCUCAUAUCAAGAAAUGUUGGAUGACACCAAAAGAACAUGGGAGGUCUACACUGACGGAUCUUCCACAGUGAACGGCUCGGGAGCCGGAGUGGUGCUGAUACCUCCAGUAGGGAAAACCAUUGAGUAUGCCCUGAAGUUCGGUUUUAAAGCAACCACCAAUGAGGCCGAAUAUGAGGCCGCGAUCGCAGGGAUAGAGGUAUGCCUAUCUCUGGAGGCCGAACAUAUUUGCCUCAAGACUAAUUCCCAGCUUGUAGCCAACCAAAUCCGAGGGGAGUAUGAGGACAAGUGGCCAAGUAUGCCAGCUUAUCUAGCAAAAAUCAAAUCCUUAACGUCAAAGUUAAGAUCCUUCGAAGUCAUCCUCAUCCCCCGAGGUCAGAACACACAAGUAGAUGCACUAUCAAAACUUGCAAGCUCAAUGCUCAUCGACUUAAACAGGUUGGUCCAUGUGGAAGUACACCAAGAAAGAAGCAUCGACAUGCCACCCCCUACAGUAUGCAACCUGCGUCCCGAACCAAGUUGGAUGGACGCAGUCAUCGCAUACAAGGAGAGGGGAGAACUUCCCGAAGACAAGCUGCAAGCAAGAAAGUUGAAAAGAUUUAACCAAUGGUUCGUCAUUGACGCCAACGGAGAACUCAUGAGAAAAUCAUUCUCAGCCCCACUGCUGAAGUGUGUAGGUCCAACUGAUGUCGAUUACAUCGUAAGGGAAAUCCACCUCCGCCUAUGUGGAAAUCACAUCGGAGGCAGAGCAUUGGCGCAAAAGACCCUAAGGGCUGGAUUUUGGUGGCCCACCAUGGUUUCCGAGGCGAAAGCGAUGACGAGGAAGUGCGAGAAAUGCCAGAAGUUUGCACCAGCAAUCCACCAGCCAGCUCAGACCUUGCAAUCAACACUCUACCCCUUACCCUUUGCACAAUGGGGCCUGGACAUCAUCGGCCCAUUCCCCUCGGCUGUAAACCAGAAGAAUUGGUUGAUUGUAGGAGUUGACUAUUUCAGCAAGUGGAUUGAAGCCGAAGCAGUCUCGUCCAUCACUGAGCCACAAGUCCGCAAAUUCAUUUGGCAAAACAUCAUCAUAAGGUUCGGAAUACCGAGGCUAAUGGUCUUCGACCAUGGAAAUCAAUUUGACAACACACCACUGCAAAAGUGGUGCAAACAGUUCGGUAUCCACCUCGCCUACUCAGCAGUGUGCCAUCCUCAGAGCAACAGCCAUGCCGAAGCUGCGAACAAGCUUAUCCUCAACGCACUCAAGAAGAGAGUUGAGGACGAAAAGAGUAAAUGGCUAGAAGAGCUCCCUGGAACACUUUGGUCCCUUCGGACCACCGAGAAAGAAGCCACGGGGCAGACACCUUUCCACUUGGUAUACGGUUCCGAGGUUGUCAUCCCUGUAGAAAUCGGAACAGAAAGCUUGAGGAUCCAGGCAUAG